AUGGCUCCAUUUUCCUCUUUCCCUUUCUCCCUCAUUCUCUUCCUCUUCUUCGUUUUCACACUCAAAACACAACCUUGUUCUUCAUCAGACCCAGAAAAGAAAACCUUCAUAAUCCAAGUAAAACAGGAAGAAAAGCCAUCAAUAUUCCCAACCCACAAGCACUGGUACGAGUCAUCACUAUCUUCCAUCUCAACAUCAACCAACACCAUCAUCCACACAUACGACACCGUUUUCCAUGGCUUCUCUGUAAAGCUCUCACCUUUAGAGGCACAAAACCUCCAAACACUCUCCCACGUCAUCACAGUCAUUCCAGAACAAGUUCGCCAACUCCACACCACGCGCUCCCCUCAGUUCCUCGGUCUCACCACGGCCGACCGAACCGGUUUACUCCAUGAAACCGAUUUCGGCUCUGAUCUCGUCAUCGGAGUCAUCGACACCGGAAUCUGGCCGGAGAGGAACAGCUUCAAUGACAAUGAUCUAGGUCCCGUCCCCGUCAAAUGGAAAGGCCAGUGCGUCGCCGGGGUAAAUUUUCCGGCAUCCUCAUGCAACCGGAAACUCAUCGGAGCUAGGUAUUUUUCCGGCGGGUAUGAAGCUACCAACGGGAAGAUGAACGAGACCACAGAGUACCGUUCGCCGAGGGAUUCCGACGGCCACGGCACGCACACGGCGUCCAUCGCUGCCGGCAGGUACGUGUCACCGGCGUCCACCUUGGGGUACGCCAAAGGAGUCGCCGCCGGAAUGGCACCGAAGGCUCGCCUCGCAGUUUAUAAAGUAUGCUGGAACGGCGGCUGCUACGACUCCGACAUUCUCGCCGCCUUCGACGCCGCCGUCUCCGAUGGCGUCCACGUGGCGUCGCUCAGCGUCGGAGGGGUAGUGGUGCCGUACCACCUGGAUGUCAUUGCAAUCGGCGCUUUUGGAGCCUCCAACGCCGGGGUGUUUGUUUCCGCCUCUGCCGGCAACGGCGGUCCCGGCGGACUGACGGUGACGAAUGUGGCACCGUGGGUAACCACAGUUGGUGCCGGAACUAUAGAUAGAGAUUUUCCCGCUGAUGUAAAACUUGGAAAUGGUAAAAUCAUACCGGGGGUUAGUAUUUAUGGUGGGCCGGGUCUAACUCCGGGUCGGAUGUACCCGAUUGUAUAUGCCGGUACUGAACAAUUUGGGAGUGGUGGUGAUGGUUAUUCCUCUUCAUUAUGUUUAGAGGGUUCUUUGGAUCCUAAGUAUGUGAAGGGUAAAAUUGUUGUGUGUGAUAGGGGGAUCAAUUCAAGGGCUGCUAAGGGUGAAGAGGUGAAGAAAAAUGGAGGGGUUGGUAUGAUUUUGGCUAAUGGUGUGUUUGAUGGUGAAGGGUUGGUGGCUGAUUGCCACGUGUUACCCGCCACGGCAGUUGGUGCCACCGGCGGUGAUGAAAUUCGGAGCUACAUUGCAUCGGCGGCGCGGAAUUCCGCCACGGCGACAAUUGUGUUUAAGGGGACUAGGCUUGGUGUUAGGCCAGCACCUGUGGUGGCAUCAUUUUCAGCUAGAGGGCCUAACCCUGAAUCACCAGAGAUUUUGAAGCCUGAUGUUAUAGCUCCUGGGUUGAACAUUCUUGCAGCUUGGCCUGAUAGAGUUGGUCCUUCUGGGAUACCCUCUGAUGGGCGUAGAACUGAGUUUAACAUAUUGUCUGGGACUUCAAUGGCUUGUCCUCAUGUUUCUGGUUUGGCUGCAUUGUUGAAAGCAGCACACCCUGAUUGGAGUCCUGCUGCUAUUAGGUCCGCAUUGAUGACCACUGCUUAUACUGUUGAUAAUAAGGGUGAUCCAAUGUUGGAUGAAUCCACUGGGAAUGUUUCAUCAGUGUUUGAUUAUGGUGCUGGUCAUGUUCAUCCUGAAAAGGCCAUGAACCCUGGUUUGGUUUUUGAUAUUUCUAGUUCUGAUUAUGUGAAUUUCUUGUGCAAUUCUAAUUACACUACCAAGAGUAUCCAAGUGGUCACAAGGAAGGUUGCUGAUUGCAGUGGAGCUAGAAGGGCAGGACAUUCAGGAAACUUGAAUUAUCCGUCCUUCUCUGCUGUGUUUCAACAAUAUGGAAAGCGAAAAAUGUCGACACAUUUUAUUCGAUCUGUUACCAAUGUUGGGGACCAGAAUUCGGUCUACAAAGUCACCAUUAAGCCUCCAGUUGGAAUGGUAGUGACAGUGAAGCCAGAGACUCUGUCUUUCAGGAGGUUGGGUCAGAAGUUGAACUUUCUUGUUAGGGUGCAAAUUAGGGCUGUGAAGCUUUCCCCUGGAAGUUCUCUUGUGAAGAGUGGUUCCAUAGUUUGGUCUGAUGGCAAGCAUAGUGUCACAAGUCCCUUGGUUGUGACAAUGCAGCAGCCUCUGGAUUAG